UUGGUACUCCAAGUUGCCGCUCUGGUUGGUGUGGGGGAGCCGCCAGCUCAGUGGUACGUGGGUGGAAUCCAGUCGAGUCGUUGGGUGCGGAAGAGGCUCCGCCUCCAUUGCCGGCAUCGGCCGCCGGCGCCGGCGGCCGCCGCCGCUCCUCUCCUUGCACAAAUGGGGGACGUUGUGAAGGACCUGACAGCCGGGACCGUAGGAGGGGCUGCCAACCUGUUUGUUGGGCACCCAUUCGACACCAUCAAGGUGAAGCUUCAGAGCCAGCCCACCCCUGCUCCUGGCCAGCUCCCCAAGUAUGCAGGCGCCAUGGAUGCUGUUAAGCAGACGAUCUCUGCUGAAGGGCCGAGGGGAUUGUACAAGGGAAUGGGGGCACCUCUAGCCACCGUAGCAGCAUUCAAUGCUCUCUUGUUCACCGUUAGGGGCCAGAUGGAGGCCGUGCUGCGCUCCGAGCCAGGCGCGCCGCUCACCGUCGGCCAGCAGGUCGUCGCCGGCGCCGGCGCGGGAGUCGCCGUCUCGUUCCUGGCGUGCCCCACCGAGCUCAUCAAGUGCAGGUUGCAAGCCCAGAGUUCCUUAGCCGAGGCAGCCCCCGCCUCCGGCGUGGUUCUACCCAAAGGCCCGAUCGAUGUGGCAAAGCACGUCGUCCGGGACGCCGGCGCGAGAGGUCUCUUCAAGGGCCUGGUACCAACGAUGGGCCGUGAGGUCCCCGGCAACGCGGUGAUGUUUGGCGUGUAUGAGGCCGCGAAGCAGUACCUCGCCGGCGGCCCUGACACGUCGAACCUCGGCAGGGGAUCCCAGAUCCUGGCCGGUGGCCUCGCCGGCGCCUUCUUCUGGCUGUCGGUGUACCCGACAGACGUGGUGAAGAGCGUGAUCCAGGUGGACGACUACAAGAACCCACGCUACUCGGGGUCCCUGGACGCGCUGAGGAAGAUCGUGGCGGCCGAUGGCGUGAAGGGCCUGUUCAAGGGGUUCGGACCGGCCAUGGUGCGCAGCGUCCCUGCCAAUGCUGCUACCUUCGUGGCGUACGAGAUAACAAGAUCGACGCUCGGUUGAUUAGAUGCGACUCCCGUGCCAAUGUGCCAUUGCCCAUUGCCAUUGGAGUGGUGGUGCUGGUGAUAGUGAUCUGAUGGUGGUGGAAUGGUGGCCUUUGCUUUGCUGGGUUGUGGACUUGUGGCGUUUGGUGGCGAGUGGCCCUCGUCAGCUCGUCUCCCUUUGCACAGAGCCCACCAUUGGCCUUCUGCCCUUGCCUGAAUCAGCCCAAGUGUUCUUCGUUUGAUUUGUUUUGUACCUCGCGAAGCAAUCUGUUUUACACCUCUGGCCUGCCAGAUUUAUCCAAUGUGUCUCUCCUGUGAGGCUGAGGGCCUGAGGCACUGCUCGUCGCGAAAAAUGUUCGCCGGGGUAGUGGAGUGUGCUGUUCCGUUACAAUGCCUGAACAUUACCACGUUAUUCUGAAAAAUAGAAGAAUCUAUAUCAUUGGAUGAA